AUGGAAAAAGGUGAGGACAGGUUAUGCAAGGAGUCAAUUUUAAUGUGUGAAAAGUUGUCAAGCGGAGGAGCGUUUUACUGGACUUUCGGAACGGUGACCAUCGGCGUGGCGAAGCCUUUGCCAUGCAGCACGGUGGUCGGUGGUGAUAAGGCGAACGGUCACAGUGUCCACAGCAGUCAGGAAUGCGUGAACUCAAUUGCUUCAGACGAUCACACCGGUAUGGACUCGUUCCACGAGUGUCUCCAGGAAUACGGCGAGGGUAUAGAAGUCGUCCAGAUAUGCUUAGAGCCAGAGGAAUCGUCAAUGAAAGACGAUGAGUUCUCUGCUCUUUGCGACCUUAGUUUCGACGAGUGCAACAAGAAGGCAGCGGUUCUGAACGAUGAUAUAAUAUGUGAUAUACAGGAUGGGGAAAAGGUGAAUGGCGUGGCGGAACUUAAAUGUUCCAAAUCGGAUGGAUCCCUGGAUGAACAGGAUGACGACAUGACCAUAACCGAAGAUGACGUGCUGAUGUCCCCCAGGGAGUUGAAUAUAAGAAGUAAAUCCGCCGACAGGAAACAGGCGGACGGAAAUAGGUGUCUGUCCAAACAGAACAGUAGAGACUUAUCAACCUCCGACGAGAUGGUCUUCGCGGUAACGCCAACUGGCUUGGAGAGGAUCAGCUUUGACAGAUACUGGAAGGGGAGCAACGUGGAAUUGGGCAGAGAGGAAACGGCACAGAUCGCGAAAAACGACGAGAGCUGGAAGGAGUGUUUGAACUCGCCGACUGACGAGACCAGUAGCUUUUACGAGACGACCACACGGAUAUCCGUUCGGGAGGAGAAUAGCACGCUGCUGUACAUCGAUCACGAAAUCGAUGGCUACGAGACGUGUCUGGACGACGACUCGCCGUCCGCUAAGUGCACUGAAAACAGCGGCUAUAAAAUUAACGGCGAUCGGGACAUCAAAGAGUUUAGUAAACAAGACGAGACAGCUAAUAGAAACAGUGACGACGAGGCGUGCGCCAAAACGGAUAACGAUCAGAGCAGUGCCGACGAUCCGUUGUCAUACACCCGUCCGUACGUGCAUGAGCACAUUAUAAAGCAGAUGAAAUCGCUGCGAAUAGAGCCGCUCAAUGUAAACGUCAGCACGAAGAAACAACGAAAGAGGAGUCCGGCUAAGCACUCCAAACACGAACGCCGAUGCAUCGAAUACUAUAAUGAUCAGGACGAGUGCUUGAAAGAGAUAAAACAGAGGAAGCUGGAGGAAGAGAAGAAGUUUAAAACGGAGAAGAAGACGCCGAAGGGCACGACGACAAUGGAGAGAAAGAAGAUGUUAAAGAGACAGGAGCCAAGCGAGGAGUCGACGGACUUAGAGAACAACUAUGUGCCGGGAUGCCACAAAUGCUUCCUGGAGAAUUACGCGUACGCUAUAACUAAGGCGUAUAUAGCGGAAGCUAACGCGUGCAAGUAUUGCGAAGUGAUCAGGGAAAUGCUCGAAGCGCCCAAGACCAUCCCUGAGAGGCGAAUGUCGGCCCCAGCGGCCAUCAGUGGUGAGAGUCCAGGGUCGGAAACGGAUGAAGAGGACUUGCUUGCCGUUCCCGUGGCGAAGGGCAGGAGGAAGUCCGCCGGCCCGUUGACGUUUUUAGUGCCUUUUAGAAGACCCAGG